GAAUUCACCGUAUCACGAACCCACGCCAAAACUUAGUCACUGUAACUCUGUAACCAUUGAACUUCAAAGCAAGCUAUAACUCAAAAAGUUAAAAAAACAAAAAACAAAAAAGAAGGGGAAAAAGUGAUGGCUUCCAAUGGUUACAGAAAUGGUACGGGUACCAACAAGGGAGCUAUUAAGCCCCCCGCUUCAUCUAAUAUCAGAUCAUCUUCAUUCAAAUCAAGGCUUCCUCCUUCAUCCAAUCACUCGACGGGAUCUGCUCUUCGCCGGACUAGCUCUGCCUCUUUCACCACCGCCGCUGGAGGUGACGGCGUGCCCGGAAGAGUUCGAGUAGCCGUUAGAUUAAGGCCGCGAAAUGCAGAAGAGUCGACUGCCGAUGCAGAUUUUGCCGAUUGCGUUGAACUCCAACCCGAGCUUAAGAGGCUUAAACUUAGGAAGAACAAUUGGGAAUCAGAAACCUACGAGUUUGAUGAAGUGCUUACCGAGUUUGCUUCUCAAAAACGUGUCUACGAAGUUGUUGCUAAACCUGUUGUGGAGAGUGUUCUGGAUGGUUAUAAUGGUACAGUUAUGGCUUAUGGUCAGACUGGAACUGGGAAAACUUUCACUCUUGGACGAUUGGGUGAGGAAGAUACAUCCGCUCGUGGAAUAAUGGUUCGUUCAAUGGAGGAGAUUUUAGCUAAUGUUUCUCCAGAAACAGAUUCCAUCUUUGUUUCUUAUUUGCAGCUUUACAUGGAGACCAUCCAGGAUCUCCUUGAUCCGGCAAAUGAUAAUAUUUCCAUUGUGGAAGAUCCCAGAACUGGAGAUGUGUCCUUACCGGGGGCAACUCAUGUAGAAAUUAAGGAUGAGCCGAGUUUUUUGGAGCUACUGAGGUUAGGGGAAGCUCAUCGAAUUGCUGCAAAUACUAAGUUGAAUACUGAAUCUUCUCGCAGUCAUGCCAUAUUGAUGGUACAUGUUAAGAGAUCAGUCUUGGGAGAAGAAGUUGCCAUUCCAAGUGAAUCAGACAAGUCUUCUCACUUUGUCAAACCUCCAAAGCCUCUUGUCCGGAAAAGCAAGCUAGUAUUGGUAGAUUUGGCAGGCUCAGAGCGUGUUCAAAAGUCAGGAAGUGAGGGACACAUGUUGGAAGAAGCUAAGUCUAUUAACCUGUCACUGAGUGCUUUGGGAAAGUGUAUUAAUGCUUUAGCAGAGAAUAGCGCUCAUGUGCCCAUUCGUGAUUCAAAACUUACGAGGCUACUCAGAGAUUCUUUCGGAGGUACUGCCAGGACCUCAUUAAUUGUUACAAUUGGCCCUUCCCCACGACAUCGAGGAGAGACUGCAAGUACGAUAUUGUUUGGUCAAAGGGCAAUGAAGGUGGAGAAUAUGUUGAGAAUAAAGGAAGAGUUUGAUUAUAAAAGUUUGGCUAGAAGGCUUGAAAUACAGCUGGACAAGCUCAUUGCAGAAAAUGAAAGGCAACAGAAGGCUUUUGAUGACGAAGUUGAAAGAAUAAACUUAGAAGCACAAAACCGUGUCUCUGAGGUUGAGAGAAAUUUCACAGAUGCCUUAGAGAAGGAACGACUAAAGUGCCAGAUGGAAUAUAUGGAAUCAGUUAAGAAGCUGGAGGAAAAGAUGAUAGAAAAUCAACAGAAGCAUCAGCAUGAUGGCUUCAUGAAGGACAAAUGUAAUUGGGAGGGGCCUGGAUUUUCUGAGGACAUUGCUGAGGUAAAAAAACUGUUAGAGAAAGAAACACAUAUGAGAAAGGAAGCUGAAAAGGAGGUCAACAAACUUAAAAGUCAACUAGGACAGCACAUGGAUGCCGGGGCAGGUGGAGAUGCUGAAAUCUUAAAGCUUCAAAUAGCUCUGGAGGAUGAGGUUCAUCAGAAAAAGAAGCUUGAAGAAGAAAUAAUAAUACUAAGAAGUCAGAUGUUACAACUGACUUUUGAAGCCGACCAGAUGAGAAGGUGUCUUGCAAGAGGUGGAUCUGGAAAUGCUUAUCCCGGUUUAGAUUCUCCAAUGUCUCAAGUUAGGGACUCUUUGAGUGGACAUAAGACACCAGUUUCUGCACUAUUUGAUCAAGUUGGAGUGCAAAAGAUAUUGGAUUUGCUUGAGUCAGAAGAUGCUAAUGUACGCAUUCAUGCUGUAAAAGUAGUGGCAAACCUAGCUGCUGAAGAAGCAAACCAGGAAAGGAUUGUUGAAGCUGGUGGUCUUACUUCCUUGCUGAUGCUUCUAAGAAGUUAUGAGGAUGAAACUGUUCGCAGAGUAGCAGCCGGUGCAAUUGCUAAUCUUGCAAUGAAUGAAGCCAAUCAAGAACUCAUAAUGGUUCAAGGGGGAAUCAGUUUAUUGUCUACUACAGCAUCUGAUGCUGAGGAUCCUCAGACUCUACGCAUGGUUGCUGGAGCUAUAGCUAACCUGUGUGGGAAUGAUAAACUGCAAGCAACACUGAGGUCUGAAGGUGGAAUCAAGGCAUUGCUGGGAAUGGUGAGAUGCAGACAUCCAGAUGUUCUUUCCCAAGUUGCUCGUGGAAUUGCCAACUUUGCAAAAUGUGAAUCUCGUGCGUCUACUAAUGGUAUACGAAGCGGGAGAUCACUUCUUAUUGAUGAAGGUGCACUUCCAUGGAUUGUGCAAAAUGCUAACAAUGAUGCUGCACCUAUUAGGCGACACAUUGAGCUCGCACUGUGUCAUUUGGCACAGCAUGAAGCAAAUGCAAAGGACAUGAUAAAUGGGGGUGCCCUCUGGGAGCUGGUUCGCAUAACACGGGACUGUUCUCGAGAGGACAUUAGAAGUCUUGCUCGCCGAACACUGAAUUCGAGCCUGUUAUUUCGAUCUGAAAUGAGGCGGCUAAGGAUAGAGUUGUGAUUGAGGUAAAUUUUUGGGCCUUUUUGUAACCUGUUCUAAAAGUGGGAUGUCAAGGAAACAACAUAUCUCGACACUGUAUAGUCUUAAAGGUUGAGAGAUUGGUGUAAUACCACCCUCAGCGCUGAAAGAGCUUCCACAGGCUUAGGUAAAUGAAUCUGGGGUGGGUUUGUAGUAGUAUUAAUUAUUUAUGCUAGGUUCUUUCGUUGAGCUUAACGUAAGUUUCCGUUGGUGAAAUGGUUGGGAUGAAGAAAAUUUUGUUGGCCAUGUUAAGCCGAAAUUUCAUUUUGUAGUAUGUGUUAAGGGGGGCACUCAUUAAUUAUGUGUUCUUUAAAACUUUUACUAGUCAUUUAUUCUUUAUUUGCCAAUGGCAGUAAAAUGAGUUCAAAGGGUCAAAUAAAAAGCAAGUAAAAUUUAAUUUAAA